UCAACACCAGAUUGUGCACAUCUCAGAGCACCCUUCUCCCACAAUCACAAACUUUUGGACACUGCCAGGCUUAAAUUUCCAAGUUCAUAAACGUACUGCUAACUUUUUUCCGCUCAAAAGUCACGUAUGCCUGACCCUCCUAAUAUGUUCUUUGAUACAUUGACGAUCAGGAGCUCUGUGGACGAUGGAGAGGGGCAGGAAACCAAGUUGAACCUGCCCAGCUACGCCGAUCGAUAUACGGACAUCCCUCGAUUAAUCCGCUUGAAGUUCAUUGCCCAGGUGAGCCCACAGCUGAGGGUUCCUGCCCUCGAAUUGGCCCUGGAUCACGUGAAGACCACCUACAAUGUCAAGUUGUACGACGAGCUCUACAAGACACUCUGUGUUGAGGUGGACAGGACACGCCUAAUGCAGGCGAGGGGAGGAGAAAGUCCUGCUGCCAAUAACAACGAGGCCAGCACUUCGAGUGGCAGGUCGCGAGUACCUGUGCCCUACGACUCCUACUGGGUGGAGGACAACACCAUGGAGGCCACUCUAAUGCUCCAGGAACUGGACGCCGAGCUGAAUUUCAAGAAAUCCAAUUCGGGCAGUGCCAAUGUGCGACGCAUUCUGGAGGAGAUCGGAGAUCAUUAUGAGAAAAGUGGCAACCUGCAGAUGGCAGUCAAGUUUUACGCCCGAGCCAGGCCCUACUGUACCAGCAGCGACAAUGUGAUCAUUAUGUUCCGCAAUCUGAUCAGAGUAUCCAUUUACAUGGCCAAUUGGUGGCACGUACUGACCUACAUCGACGAGGCCAAACAGUAUGCCUUUGGGUUCGAGAACCUGGCCCAGGAAGUUCCGGCUCGUCUGAGCUGCGCCGCUGGCUUGGCCAACAUGGGCCUAAAGAUCUACAAGUCCGCCGCCCACUACUUCCUGAAUACGCCAUUCGGGCGCUACGACUAUGACAAAAUCGUGGCCCCCGAGGAUGUGAGCUACUGUGCCGGACUCUGCGCCCUAGCCACUUUCGAUCGGGAAAAGUUGCAGCUGCGCGCCAUCAAUUCAGAACCGUUCAAGCCCUUCUUCCAGCUUUCACCAAAGAUGUGGACCAUCUUGGCCAAGUUCUGCGAGGGCCAGUUUGACGCCUGUGCGGACCUGCUGCGCGAAAUCGAGGAUCGUGUCAGGCUGGAUGUCUAUCUGUCUCCCCAUGUGGAUACCCUCUACGACAUGAUCAUGGGCAGACUGCUGAAGAAGAGGGACAGGAAAAUAAUGACAGAUUCUGUGAAAAGGUAUAGAUCGUGACAAGAGACUUUUGUUUAUAAAGAAAUAGUGAAGGAAUUAACGAUCGAUUUAAUUUCAGUAUAAACAAACCAUACUUCAAUUUUGCAAUAAAAACUCGUACUUUAACU